GUUUGAAAUUUAGUUUGUUGAGAGACAUUGAUACGUGCGGAAGGUCUCAAGGAAAAGUUUCAUCUCUGAGCGAUCAUGUCGGGGAAUAUCGUUACAAUAUUCGCGAUCGCGGUCUCGAUAUCAGCAAGCGUCCAGGGUAUUAACAAUUGGAAGCCUGUCAGUGGACCGCCCACAUCCUUUAGCAUACGACAAUCUCAUCCUCCUGUGGCAGCCGCUUCAUCUGGAUCCUUUCGAACGACUAACGCUUUAGUUGAUACGAGCGCCGGUGAUGAUAUAUUGAGCCUUCACGGGUCUACGGGGUUGGAGCAACCCUCUGCCGCAGGAUUCGAGGAUGACGCGUUCAGUGGUGGAUAUGAAGACCCGAAGUCGAAAUUGUUCGCGUCCUCCGGUUUUCCAGAGGACACAUGCAGUGUCGAUAAAUACGCGUUCGAUUACGAAGGCACUGUCCAGUAUAAACAUCACAUGCCCAAAAUGGACCAAUUCACAGUUUGCCUAUGGAUGAGAUUCACCAAUCAUUCCGGCGAUCAUACACUUUUUACCUAUUCAGUUGACGAUGAACCGCGCGAAAUUCAGUUAUGGAUCGCAAAUUCUAAAGGAUCAAGUUUUAUUUCAAUGGCUGUACAUGGACAAUCCUUAUACAGACUCAAUUACCCCCUGAAAAUGCGCGUGUGGCAUCAUGUCUGCUCAUCAUGGAAUGGCAAGACGGGAGAGUGGCAACUUUGGGUGAAAGCCGAACGUGUUGGCAGAGGAUUCCAUAAUAGGCUCGUUGGCCACGGCAUCGCAUCGAAUGGUUUGGCUUUCUCAGGAGGUCCGUCGAUAACUGGAAAAACUGCUGAUAGUCUUCACUUCGAACUAACUCUGCUACAAAUCUACAAAGUUGCAUUGAGUGCUGGAAAAGCCCAUCGCGAUCAUAAACAUCACCACGUCCAUCAGUUCGAUCACAAUGGACCAAUUAGUACAACUCCACCACCACCUCCAUCACCGCCAACAACGCUAUCACCAAAUCCACUUUUGGCCAAUGGACAGUUCCCAUCGCGAAUCAGAAUUAAUCUGGCUGGAGCCCAACCCAACCAGCAACCAGCACCUACUCCAAUUCCCUCACAGGUCAUAGGUGGUGCUGUCCCAAAACCACAAAACCCCUUGUUGAGUACCAAUUUCGUUAAUGGACAAUUUAACACUGGAGAUCGCCUUCUAUCAGAACAGUUGAGCGCCGCAUUUGCACCUGCAGGAUCAGGACGUACCUCACAACAAGCCCCAGUCACAUUCCCAGGACAAUCAGGACAGUCACAACAAGCUCCACCCACCUCAUCCACUGGAUUUGUUAGUAUCGGUAACGGACAAGCCAUCCGUUUCGUGGAAAACGACUCCACACGAUUCCUUUUCAAACGUAGUGCGGAGACUAAAUCAGAUGCUGGUAAAGCUAGAAGUGACAGGAAAUUGAACAAGCGUGGUCUAGUCAUGUUGGACGAUGGGUCCAUUGUGGAUGAUUCUCUACUUGCGACCACAUAUGAGUUUGAAGGUCUGGCCCAAUUCGGAUUGCCUGCAUUCAAGGAGGACCUUCAGAAGCGAAUGAAUAUCGAGGACGAAAUCAAGGAACACGACCGGGAGCCAGCCGAGGAUGAAGUUAAGGCAGUGAUGGAAGUUUGCACUUCGUGCGAUAUCGAGCCAUUCAAGGGAGCCGUGGCGCUCACAUGGAAGAAUCUACGCGUCUCCCUGGAUGGAGCUCUCAAGGGACGAAGUGUCGGUGGAUGUGGCUACUUCUAGGGAAUGUUGGCCGCUGCCAUCUAGUCGUCCAUCGAAGCACAUUUUGUUCUCAUUCGCGGUACUACCCUGUCAUGCAGCGACACCCCAAGUUAUUAUUUCCAUGUAUUAUUUAUUGUAUAGGCUUCGGGGGUCGGCUGCAUCUUAGCAGUCAUUGUAAACGUUAAGCGCCAUGUUAUUUUAAUAACAGCAUUUUUUUUACAUAUUUCUAUAUGAAAUAAUUUAAAGAAUUUGAGUUUUA